AUGGAUGCGCUGCACUGCCGCUGCCUGCUAUGCGGGUACGAAAUCCUCUCGGGUAUUCUUGGAAGCAAAUUCAAGAGCACCUAUCGAGCUUUGUACGCCGCCACGGAUGAUUGGGACAGCCCGAAAUUGUCUUCGGUUGCAGACAUCAGUCAACUAACCCCCCGACGUAUCAAACAUGGUGUCCUUUUCAUACCACGGGAAGACGAGUUCGACAUCGAUGUAUCCGACCAUAUCUUCGAGGAAAGAUUCGUCAAAUACAGAGUCUCACCGACCGUAUCCUCCGAUUUUCCAAGUCUUCAUUUGUGGGGAUUUGCCAUUCAUGCCGACUGCUGGAGACUCUUGUGCGAGAUCGAUGACCAGAUGGGCGACCAAGAUCAUAUUCGGGCCUUAUUUGACUUAUGCACAUCACAACCCAAUGUGAGCUCAACCGUGGAUUGGCUUCACCAAUACGGCGGGCGCUUGAAGCGUAAUUAUUCAAACGCCUUUCAGUGGCCAGGAAAAGUCCGCUGCCCAGGUGUAACCUACACCCUUGAAGCUACCGGGGAUGUCUUGGAGGGAGUAAGCCCGAUUGAAAAUGAAUAUCUGCAACGCUUCAGAUUCACAGGAGAAUUCCCUCCGACAGAAGUUACAUCGCGAGUUGAUUCUCGCUUUAAUCCGUAUACUCAAUACAUUCGUCACAGGAGGGAAGACGAACAGCCACCUUAUACAGACCUACCCGACAACCCUGCACCUGCUCUGAGUCCCGGUCCACUCCUAAGGUUGCUGUCUCAAGACACUCGUGAUCCUUUUCAGCUUCUUCCAUACGAGCUACUGAUUGAUAUCCUUGUUUCGACACCAUCAAAUGAUAUCAAAAACCUUCGCCUGGCUUCAAAGACUUUUGCAACUUUAGACUUACCCGAACGCUUCUGGCGUUCAAGGUUCCUAAACGGCAACGAAUUCUCCUAUCUUUACUCAUUUGCGUCUUGCUGGCUCGAGCCGAAAACAUGGGCUGAGAAGUACGAGAAGGCUAUGCGGUAUCACAGAUGUCGCAAGGCCAUAAACGAAUACAAAGAGCCCGACGCAUAUAUGUUGCAUGCUCGCAAAAGGGUCUGGAAAUUGGGCGAAUACCUCAGCCGCCUGGUUGAACUCAGGCUUUCUUUCCAACGUUGCUGCCCUCAAGUGACAAGGAUCGCAAGCGGAGCUGGGCAUACGUACAGAGAAGGCGGGGGAUGGUUGAGUGCGCACAGUGACCUGGUUCCGUUCAACAUCGACCCUGAAGGCGGGAGAUGGCGGAGUGCGUACAGUGACCUGGUUUCGCUCGACAUCGAGACAGGCGGCUCCCGCCAGCUGUUUGAAGAUGCCAUAUCCAUCCCAACUGGAGAGGCUGUCAUUGAGGUGUCUGUAUCCCUUGUCUCUCUUCAUGGCGGUAAUUUUCUUUCUGGCCUUACCUUCGGUUCCAAGUAUCAGGUUGGGUAUGACAAUCACAGAAACAAGGAAUCAGCUACAUGGUCUGGCUCCAAAAGAGUCCCGGGGGCUAUCCGAGGUUUCCAUUUGGCUCUGGACUCCCACUCACUGAGGGGUAUUCGAAUCUACUGCGUUCCUGGUGGUCCUUCUGACUGGAUUGGCGAUCACGAAAACUUAGCCAAGCAGGUCAUAGUCCAUCCCGCCGGGCCGCUCCAAAAAGUGGAACUCGGCUUGAAUGCACUUCACGUUGUAUCUCUUUCUUUUUUCAACCAAGACUCGCAGGACAUUGUUUCCAUUUCCAAUCAAGACUCGCACGAUAUUGAUCAAGACUCGCAAGAUAUUGUUUCCAUUUCCAACCAAGACUCGCAGGAUGUUGUUUCCAUUUCCAACCAGGACUCGCAGGAUGUUGUUUCCAUUUCCAACCAGGACUCGCAGGAUGUUAUUUCCAUUUCCGACCAGGACUCCCAGGACAUGAACACAAACACAUCUAUAUCAGGCAACAUUGUGUUGAGCUUUUGGGCCCUGGCAGUUUCUAUUGCGGUUAAACUAUAUUCUCUUUUUCUCUCACGCACAUCAGGCAAAGAUCAUGGCAAAGACCACGGCAAAGACCACGGCAAAGACCAUGACAAAGGCCAUGGCAAAGAUCAUGGCAAAGAUCAUGGUGGUAGUGACACUUGGUUGCCAGGCAUCUGGUUCCCACAACUUCCCGACUCAUCACUGCGCAUGGUUGGUCUCGAAGAUCGGAGCCUGUGGAACGUAGAGUGGGAUGCUUUUCAAAGUUGUCUUUUUGGCGGGGUUGAUGGCCAGAAACUACCAGAACUCACGGAUAUCGUUUUCAGCACUACUAAAGCUGAGGAUUGGGCAAUCAGCUUGUCGAGACUCCACUCAUACACGAAUACCGAAUACACGAGAAUCAACUACAUCCAGUUUUCUUACACGUUUCCAGUCGAAGGGAGGGGAACCCGUAGGGCUCAAGGCCCCGAUCCAUACACUUUAGGUUCGGGAGCCUACUAUGACCAGCAGUGUAACGAUCGAACUGUCAUCACCAGAAGAUGUGGCAGAAGAUCCAAGACCAAAGUCACCCCGGAUCGCCGACGUGGAGAACACCUUAUUGGUGUGGAUGCCAUUUACUAUCGGGGUUUAGAGACAAUGUUGAGUGGCAUUAUUAUGUAUACAAGCUGUGGACGAUCAAUCAAGGUCCCUCCUGGUAUCUCAGAUAUCGCGAGCGACCGGGGUUUUGACUUUGAAACAGUCCGUAUUCGCCCCGAAGGUGGCAAGAUCGUUGGGAUAUGCGGUCAAUUGAGCCGCAGCAAAUUUCUCCGGAAUAUUGGCUUGCUCGUAGCACCGGACAAGUGA